GUCAAACGGUUAUGUGAUGCAUCGUUUUUGUAUUUAACACCUAAACCCUAAACCUAAGUCCCUAACAACGUUUGCACACCAUCGCCGCCGCGACAGAGUAUCGUGUCUCGCUGUUUAUUACAGUAACAAUUUCUAAGGUACUGUAUUGUUUGGCUUGUCAAUUGUUUGUGUUAUGUUGCUAUGUUGUUCCUAUUUUGAGUUAAUUUCUUAGAAUUCUGGAACUCAAUAAGCAGUUGUUUAACUUUGAUGAUGAAGAUGAAGAGACAGAGAGAAGAAGAUCGGGACAGGGAUAGUCUCAGUAACUUGCCUGAUGAGGUUUUGCUCCAUAUAAUGAAAUCUAUAAGCAUAAAAGAUGCCGUUCAGACUUGUGUCUUAUCUAAAAGGUGGAAGGACCUUUGGAAAGAUCUCACUUUUCUCAAUUUCGAUAAAACCAUAGGUUUUGAUGAUUCAAUUUUCAACAUGUUUGUGUCUUCGGUUCUGUCUAAUCGUCAUCACUCCACAUCCAUACAUCGUCUUGAUUUCAUCACAGGGAGACAUAGAUGCAUUGGGUCCGAAUUGUUUAAUAGUGUCAUGAGUUAUGCUGUGUUGCACAAUGUCCAGCAGUUGACCAUCUGUAUGCAAUCCAAUCUCGUUUUUGAGCCGAUAUGGUUUUCGUGUCGGUCUUUGACAUCUCUUAAGGUUUCCCUUACUAAUUACACACAGAGGGUAGUAGUUCCGAAAUAUCUGCAAUUGCCGGCAUUAAAAAUCUUGCAUCUUGACCUUGCCGUGUUUACUGCAAGUGACAAUGACUGUGCUGACCCCUUUUCAACCUGUAACAUGUUGACUACAUUGUUCAUUCGUAGCUUUCGUUUGGAUGAUGAUGUUAAAAUCCUUCGCAUAUCUAAUUCUAACCUUUCUAGUUUGACCAUAGGCCAUCAUCUCUCUGGACCACCACCUUACCAAAUUGAGAUUGCUACUCCAAAUGUCAAGUCUCUUACUAUCAUUGGGUUUCGGCGGCAUUCAACUACUACGGAUGCAGGUUUAGAUGUUAGGACAGAUUCAGUCAUUGUAAACUGGUUGCAUGUGCUGGCAAAUGUAAAGAUAAUGACAAUUACUUCAAGCACAAUUUCUACAUUAUUAAACGAUCUCUCAAAAUCCGGUUCGACCAGAACACAACCUCCUUGUUUUGCUAGAUUGGAGGCAUUGAAAGUGAAAAAGCUGCCAUCUCUGCCAUCUCUAAAAAAACUUCUUGUUGAGGAAGUUGAUGCGAUACUGGAGUACAUACUGCAGAACUCUCCAUUGGCCAGAGUUGAGUUCAUUAGAUAAUUCCCAGUGGCUGAACAAAUGCAUAAUCUUGUGUGUUACUUUGAGUCAGUGAAGGUUCUUAUUCAACUUGUCUAUUUAGGCGAUGCACAGCGAGGCUGAAAGUCUUGCUGAGUUUGUGAAUUUAAUGUCAAACGUUUGUGAAGUUAGGUUGGUGAUAUUUUGUAUGAACUGUACGUGUAGGAUUAUUUACUUUUGAGUUGAACUUGGAUAUAACUAUAGUAGUUUAUCAGACAGCUGGGAAUUGUCGUUUUGUUAAGAGUUAUAUAUGAAUGAAUCUUAUGGAUAUUUAUGUUU